AUGAUGCCCCAUUACCUCAAAAGUCACGCAAUAACUCACCUUCUCAUCAAGGAGCCACUACCACCUGGAGCAAUCCUUCCAGAUGCAUUCCAUUUACUUAUUGAUGAUGACUUAUUAGAUCUGAUUGUUCGAGAGACAAAUUCAAAUGCAGUAAGAGUUGGUGUUGCAGAUAAUGUAAAGCGAAACUCACAAAUAAACAAUUGA